GUCGUUCACGUCCGUAGCUAGUUGUUGCUCGUCUGAGGUCUGAACGAUGAUUGACAAUAAUGGCGACGCGUUUAUUCUGAGUUGACUCCAGGGAACCAUCUCUGGCUGACAAAGGGAUCGUCUUGGAUGGAUUUUCAGCACCACUGACAACAACAAUAAGGAUAAGCAACCACCAAAAGGACUAGCUUUCAUUUUUCUCAACGUAAAAGAUUUGCUAACCAGGAGAGGUUAUCUUGUUAGCAUUGCCAUAGCUAGCAACUCGGUUCGCUAGCUUGCUAAGUUGAAGAGGUGGCAGUCUUGUUUCUGGAGUGGAGGAGAGGAACAGCCAGCUUUCUGAGUGCUGAGAUUUGGCCAAGCUAGCUAUGUGGCUACUUAAUAUGCUUUUAUGGUAAUUUGCUUCUUAUUCUCAGAGGAAACACUGCAGUUGACGUUAGCUUGUAGGAAUAGUUUGUCUAAGAGGGUCCAACAGCCUCCUUCUGUAGCUAACUUAGCUACUUCGCUAGCAGGCAAGCUUUGUGGAUUGUUCCAGUCUUUUUCCUGUAAGGACUUGCUUGCACUUGCAUUUGGAAACUGUCCACCGAUAGCUCGCUAGCAGUGCCCGUUAGCUUGCUAACUUGUAAGAAUUUCUGUGGCAUUGCGAGAUCGUUUCGUAAAUGACCACCGGCAGGAAUAACCGAGCGAUGAUGGAAGGAGUUGGAGCCAGAGUGGUACGCGGACCUGACUGGAAGUGGGGGAAGCAGGAUGGUGGAGAGGGACAUGUUGGCACCGUCAGGAGUUUUGAAAGUCCAGAGGAGGUGGUGGUUGUCUGGGAUAAUGGGACGGCUGCUAACUACCGUUGUUCUGGAGCCUACGACGUGAGGAUAUUAGACAGUGCUCCAACAGGCAUCAAGCAUGAUGGAACCAUGUGUGACACUUGCCGUCAACAGCCCAUCAUUGGUAUUCGCUGGAAAUGUGCUGAGUGCACCAAUUACGACCUCUGCACAACCUGUUACCAUGGAGACAAGCAUCACCUGAGACAUCGGUUCUACAGGAUCACCACCCCGGGCAGUGAGAGAGUACUUUUGGAGUCACGUCGCAAGUCAAAGAAAAUCACAGCCAGAGGGAUCUUUACUGGUGGCCGGGUCGUGAGAGGAGUGGACUGGCAGUGGGAAGACCAAGAUGGAGGCAACGGAAGGAGAGGAAAGGUGACAGAGAUCCAGGACUGGAGUGCAGCCAGCCCUCACAGCGCCGCCUACGUACUGUGGGACAACGGGGCCAAGAACCUGUACAGAGUUGGCUUUGAGGGAAUGUCGGAUCUGAAAUGUGUCCAGGAUGCCAAAGGAGGCUCUUUUUACAGAGACCACUGUCCCGUUUUAGGUGAGCAGAAUGGCAACAGAAAUCCUGGCGGACUUCAGAUUGGAGACCUUGUCAACAUCGACUUAGACCUAGAGAUUGUUCAGUCCCUCCAACAUGGCCACGGUGGGUGGACCGAUGGCAUGUUUGAGACGCUCACCACCACCGGCACAGUAUGUGGCAUCGAUGAAGAUCAUGAUAUUGUCGUUCAGUACCCCAGUGGGAACAGAUGGACAUUCAACCCAGCAGUGCUGACAAAGGCCAAUGUAGUGCGCAGUGGUGAAGUAGCAGCUGGGGCAGAGGGAGGCAGUUCCCAGUUCCUAGUGGGAGACCUGGUCCAGAUUUGCUAUGACAUUGACCGUAUCAAGCUGCUACAGAGAGGCCAUGGAGAGUGGGCUGAGGCGAUGCUGCCUACCCUAGGCAAGGUGGGCCGUGUGCAGCAGAUCUACUCUGACAGUGACCUGAAGGUUGAGGUGUGUGGAACUUCUUGGACGUACAAUCCUGCAGCUGUCACCAAGAUUGCCCCCUCUGGCUCUGCUGUCAGUAACGCCUCUGGAGAGCGCCUGUCUCAGUUGCUGAAGAAACUAUUUGAGACACAAGAGUCUGGAGACAUCAAUGAGGAACUGGUCAAGGCAGCAGCCAAUGGAGACCUGGCUAAGGUGGAGGACAUCCUUAAGAGACCUGACGUGGAUGUGAACGGGCAGUGUGCUGGACACACUGCUAUGCAGGCAGCCAGUCAGAAUGGUCACGUGGAUGUCCUAAAGCUGCUGCUUAAACACAGUGUGGACCUGGAAGCUGAGGACAAAGAUGGAGACCGGGCAGUGCACCACGCAGCCUUUGGCGAUGAGGGCUCUGUCAUUGAGGUACUGCAGAGGGGCGGUGCUGAUUUGAACGCCAGGAACAAGCGAAGGCAAACUCCCUUACACAUAGCUGUCAACAAGGGCCACCUGCAGGUGGUCAAAACCCUGCUGGACUUUGGCUGCCACCCCAGCCUCCAGGAUUCAGAGGGAGACACUCCCCUGCAUGAUGCCAUAAGCAAGAAGAGAGAUGACAUGCUAUCAGUGCUGCUGGAGGCUGGUGCUGAUGUUACCAUCACCAACAAUAACGGGUUCAAUGCUUUGCAUCACGCUGCCCUGCGAGGAAACCCCAGUGCCAUGCGUGUGCUGCUAUCCAAACUGCCAAGGCCUUGGAUCGUAGAUGAGAAGAAGGAUGACGGUUACACCGCACUGCACCUGGCUGCCCUCAACAACCAUGUGGAAGUGGCUGAGCUUUUGGUGCAUCAGGGCAGUGCCAGCUUAGACAUCCAGAACGUCAACCAGCAGACGGCAUUACAUCUGGCAGUGGAGCGUCAACACACCCAGAUAGUCCGGUUGCUGGUGCGGGCAGAGGCCAAGCUUGAUGUGCAGGACAAGGACGGGGACACGCCACUUCACGAGGCACUGCGUCACCACACACUGUCCCAGUUGCGACAGCUCCAAGACAUGCAGGACGUCAGCAAAGUGGAGCCAUGGGAACCCUCCAAGAACACAUUAAUCAUGGGCUUGGGCACUCAGGGGGCAGAAAAGAAGAGUGCAGCAUCCAUUGCCUGCUUCCUUGCAGCUAACGGAGCGGACCUGACCAUUCGUAACAAGAAGGGCCAGUCCCCUCUGGACCUGUGUCCGGACCCCAGCCUCUGCAAAGCUCUGGCCAAAUGCCACAAAGAGAAGAGCAGUGGCCAGGUCGGCACCCGCAGCCCGUCCCUGAACAGCAACAUUGAGUCGCUGGAGGAGUGUAUGGUGUGUUCAGACAUGAAGAGAGACACUCUGUUCGGGCCCUGUGGACACAUCGCCACCUGCUCACUCUGCUCGCCUCGUGUCAAGAAGUGUCUCAUCUGCAAGGAUCAGGUCCAGUCAAGAACCAAGAUUGAGGAGUGUGUAGUCUGCUCUGACAAAAAGGCAGCUGUGUUGUUCCAGCCCUGUGGUCACAUGUGCGCUUGUGAGAACUGUGCCAGCCUCAUGAAGAAGUGCGUACAGUGUCGGGCUGUGGUGGAACGCCGCACCCCUUUCGUUCUCUGCUGUGGAGGGAAAGGUAUGGAGGAUGAUGCCGAUGAUGAUGAUGAUGAUGAUGAUGAUGAUGAUGAUGAUGAUGACCUUACAGGGAGCUCUAACACUAUGGCAGGGGGAUCGCAGGAUCUUCUCCAGCCCAACAAUCUGGCACUAAGUUGGUCCAGCGGUAACAUCCCAGCUUUGCAGAGAGACAAAGACAACACCAACGUCAACGCUGAUGUUCAGAAGCUACAGCAACAGCUCCAGGACAUCAAGGAACAGACCAUGUGUCCGGUGUGUCUGGACCGGCUGAAGAACAUGAUCUUCAUGUGUGGCCACGGCACCUGCCAGCUGUGUGGGGACCGAAUGAGCGAGUGCCCCAUCUGCCGCAAGGCCAUCGAGCGCCGCAUCCUCCUCUACUAGACCCACCCCCCACACCCCCCAAAACACACACACAGACACUUUCUAUCUCUCUCUUCUCUUAAAGCCCACACCGACCACGCCCGCAAAGCCACAAUCACACCAGCUACUGCUGCUGCUGCUCGACCAUCCUCAUAGCACCCGAGUCAGCCAGCCAAGGGCGUUCUUAAAUGUCUUAUUGGACACAACAAAUGCUCUCUUAAUGGUUUGAUUGUGUUCAGGUGGAAUUCCUGUUAGAAAACAAGAACAAAACAUGAAUUGACUUUUAUCAGUUCUGUUCCGUCAUCAUAUGUGCUAACUGCAGCAAGAAAGAUGCUCACAUUACGGGUGUCGCCUUUUUCUCAUUUUUCUCUCACCACCACCCCCUUCUCAAUCUCCUUUCUGCAUCAUUUUCUCUGUUUUUACUUGGUAUGCGAUGUGUCUUUUCGCUGACCGAGUCUACAGUUGCUCCUUCAGACUAAUGGUCUUGGAUAUGAACUUCAGGAGAUCUCAUUUUCUGGAUGUCAUCUUUGAAACGGCUCUGCGUAUCACAGCAAAUGCAGAGGAGGCGAUGCAGAGGUCGGCCUGGUAACUUUUGAUGUAAAGUUCUCAUGCAUCUGUCGCAGCCAAUGCCAGCUGCUGUCAAGUUUUAUUGUAUUUGUAAAUCUUUAUGCACGUGUAUUGGUAUCGAAAGCUCCAGAUGUGGUUUUUAAGUACUUAAUUUUUCAUGACAGUAUGGCAAAUUUGUGAGACAUUACUGUUUGCACCACUUAAAGGUUCAGUGAGUGUUUCAGCUUCAUGUUUGUGUUCAGUUUGGCUGUUGUGACACUCUGUAUGCUGUCUGUCCUUGCAGUUGAAGACCAGAUGUUGGCAGUUUUGCACUAGAAAAGCAGAGUCAGGGUAAAAGCUUUUCUGCACCGACUUGGGAGGCCCACUCCAGCUCAGUAAUAAAACACAGAUCGAGUUGUAGUAACUGCCAGGUAGCACACCACACCCGUACUUUGUUUACCGAGCUGCACCAAUGCCGGUGUCGCAACACCCUUUUGGCUGUGAAUCCCAGAGCCGCCGUGUAGGGAUUCAAGAAUUCAUUCAGCUCCUGUCCAGUGAUCAGCCCUCGUUGUAACCUGUUUGUUGUACACACAAACCCACACGAUGCAAACAUUUCUGUAACAAGGGUAUCUUGUCACAACUCGAUGUUAAACUGUUGUGACUUGGUGGUGUUAUCUGACAAAAAAAAUGUCCAAUUUAGUAAGCAUUGCUAAUUUACCAUUGAUGACUGUGCCAUUUGCUUCCAAAAAUCUACUUGUAUGGGGAUAAGGUGCUCUUUAUCUUGUAUUACUUUUUUAUUUAAGUGUAUUUCCUUUUUCUCAAAUUGACAUUUAUUGAGCUAGAGAGUACAAUCUAUUAGAACACUAAAGAAGAAAAUGUAGAAUAAAUUAUUUUGUAUUGCUGCCCAGAAAAAUAGGAUUUAUAGGUAUCACUGCCUUCCUAAUAUGUAGCCUCAAAAUCUCUCAAACAUUCUGCUUUGAUAUUAAUGUUGAAAUACUUUUGUGAUGUUUUUGUUUGCUUUUUGUUGGCAAUAGCUUUCUAGCAAUCAUCAGUAGAAGAUUCUUUCUCUCAAAUAGGUUUCUGUAAGCCUAACUUUUUCAUUUAUGAAACAGAAAAAGAAACAUUUUGUUGUCAAAUGUGUCGAAGUAUCUUUUCACCAGUGUUUUAUUUGGGAGGAAAGCUAAUGUUUUUUAAGACAGAACUUGCCUUACCUCUUUUAAAAGGCAGUUUGACCAUGGAAGACUCAGCAAGGUGGUUAGUGUGCAUUGCUAUGUGGGAAUUUGCAACCACAUACAAGCUUUUCUUUCCUCCUUUUAGGACUGAAAGCAACUUUUGAGUACAGUUUUUAUUCCUUUCACUGAUCAUGAUAACACUUUAAGCUAGAAGCACUAAUACGCUUUAUGGUAGUGUUGUCUUGUUAUGGUUGUUAUGAAAAAGCCUAUUUUGUACUUUAUUUUCAAUACCUGUAAUUGUCCUGUUCAAACUGUAUCUGUAGUAUUUUCUUUGGCAUGAAUGUUUGACAUGCAGUACGACAUGUAUCAUGGAAACGUUCAGUCUGUAUUGCUAAUAAGUGCUUUUAAAACAACCAUAUAGCUGAAAUAAAGUUCUAAAUGAACCAUGGGA